AUGAGCUGUGCUGUGGAUACUUAUGACUCAACUCCUCAUUUUAAAUGGAUUACCCGUGGCAGUGGUGGUGGUGUCAGCUCAAGUACCGCCAGUGUUAGUAAAACGACACAGUUAAUGGACUCAAUGCGUUUCACAAUUCAAGAUCUUGUUCAGCAGGAAAGUUGUAUUGGUUCAUCGAAUUAUCCAGUGGAUAAACCAUCACGUCUAGUUCAGAUUGAGUGUCGAAAACCAGGAUGUCGAUGUGUGCUUAAAAAUGAACGUGCUCUAGCCAUGAAAAUUGUUCCAGGCGUUACACUGGUUCAGGCAGAAUGGCUAUUACCGAACUCCGUUAUACUGAGUAACGAAAAGUCUAGCUGUCAUCAGUCUUCCCAGCACUCCACCAAUCGGAGUAUUUCAAACCCAAAUGUAGGUAAUAGCACACAAUUCGGAUCAUCGUAUUCACAUUCAGUUGUUCUUACAUCCUGCUGUCCGUCUUGGUUUGAAUUAGUCGGCGAAGUGCAGUUGGACCAUCUGAUAAUAGUUCCCAAAUUUGUCCUGAAGUUCCAGUCUGGUCCAGUUGUAAAGCGGUAUGGCGUGCUAAACCGAAGUUCAUCUUAUUAA